ACGCCGGCGGCGACCACGGUAAGCAAGCAUGCCACAAUCGCCAUUUCAAACUAGCUGGGUAGCCGGUAAGACGAUUCAACAACACGUGGUUUCAUACCAUUUCGGCCUUUUGGGCCCACUACUGCCCUUGCAUAGUCUAGCCCAGUUCGAAGGGCCGAACUUCGCCGGUGUCCUUGGGGUUAGAGAAGAUGGUGGUGGUCCAAUGAUUGGGUCUCAGUUUUUUUGUUUCUCUCGUUUGGACAAAAUGGUUCCUUGCACUACUGAACUCAUGGUUCCGACGGCAGAGGAGCAGUUACAGGCAGUCAUUAAACUGCGGCUAUCUUUUGUUCGAAACGGAGAAUAUUUUCAGCCUCGGAACUAACUAGUGCCAACUAAGCUCAUUUAGAGGCGUCACAGACCAACAAUUAACCCUAGAGGUUACAGCAGCCUAAUGGCUUCAAUUCUUCCAAGCAUGAUCGAUGAUGGCCAUAUAAGGCGAGAGCUAGGAGCCUUCUUUCUCACCCUUCUCGGGUCUCGUCAAUCUCUGUCCCGACGCCAUGGCCAGCAUCCACAAGGCCCUGGUCGUCUUCUUCGCCGUCGCCGCCGCGCUGCUCCGCGGCGGCCACGCGCACGGCGAGGACCAUGCGGCGAGCGUCCACGACGUGACGGAGUACGGAGCGGCGCCGAGCAACCGAGACAACAGAGACGCUUUCUUGGCCGCGUGGCGGGCGGCGUGCGGCUCCACCGCCGGCAACUCCACGCUCGUGUUCCCCAAGGGCACAUUCGCCGUCGGCGCCGUGCAGUUCGAGGGGCCGUGCGCGAACGGCGACGCGCCCGCCGUGGUGAUCCAUGGCGUGCUCCAGCCGCCGUGUGCGGGCGGCGGCGGCUGCCACCUCUCGGACGAUGCCUGGAUCACGUUCAGCGGCCUCAACAACCUCCUCGUCACCGGCAACGGCACCCUCGACGGCCAGGGCCAUCGGAGUGGCAAGUCCAAGUCCAAGACGACGACCCUGGUUUUCGAGGACGUGACGAACUCGACGUUGAGAGGCCUGGCGUUCGUGAACAGCCGGGGCUUCCACGUGAACCUGCGCCGCUGCACCCGGGUCGUGGCGGAGGGCCUCGGCAUCCACGCGCCGGCCGCCAGCCGCAACACGGACGGCGUCCACGUCGGCCACUCUCGCCACGUCCGCAUCCUCGACUCGGUCAUCGGCACCGGCGACGACUGCGUGUCCGUCGGCCCCGGCUCCGUCGACGUCGUCGUCAGCGGCGUCACCUGCGGCCCCGGCCACGGGCUCAGCGUGGGGAGCCUGGGCAAGGACGAGGGCGAGCAGGACGUGCGCGGGCUGGUCAUCAGGAACUGCACGGUGAAGGGCACCACCAACGGGGUGCGCAUCAAGACGUGGCCGGGGUCGCCGCGGAGCCGCGCGUCCAACAUCACCUUUGAGGACAUCGCCAUGGCCAACGUCACCAACCCCAUCAUCAUCGACCAGCGCUACUGCCCCCACGACCGCUGCUCCGACGCCGACAAGCCGUCGCUGGUGCAGAUCAGCGACGUGACGUUCCGGCGGAUCGAGGGCACGUCCAGCGGCCCGCUGGCGGUGCGGCUGCUGUGCAGCGAGGACCGGCCGUGCACCGGGGUGCGCCUCGACGACAUCAACCUCACCUGCGGCGACGUCCCGUGCCGCUCCGAGUUCUCCAACGUGCGGGGGGCACUCGCCCCGGUGGUGGCGCAGGCGCCGAGCCCGGCCCCCGCCGCGCGCCGGGAGGAGGAUGACGAGGAAUCCAGAGUCACUGAACAGCUAGGCAGGUUGACUUGGUGGUUACCGUUUACUGUCAGAGGAUGAGUUCAGGAGGGGACAACAAAACUGAAGGGAGGGUAAUUCCAAUUUUUUAGUAUUUUUUUUCUCCUUGAUGAUGGAUGGACUACUGUUAUAUAAUCAUAGUUCAC